AUGUCUAAUGCAAAUAUGAUUGUCAAAGGAGAGAAUAAUUACUCCGAUUUGACAGAUCAGGAACUCAACCCUCACAUCCAAUACGCUGAACGACCAAUGAUGGCACCACUAGAGUCUUGGAUGGCCGCUGCUAGUGCUCCCUCUCAGCCUUCCAACUCACAGCAAUCGCAUUACUACAAUUCAAAUGAAAAUGGCUCUUUCUUACCUACACCUCCAGGCUCAACCCACCCCAGACAGUCCCCGCAGCUUCAUCAACUACCCCAAUCUUUACAGCAGCAGAAUGGCUUCUCUAAUCACGAAUUUAUGUCAAACAGCUCGAACGUACCUGCAAAUUAUCAACGUUCACUUCAGCAUUCUCAUCAAGUAUAUUCCCCAUCGCCCUCGCCACCAAGAUAUAGACAAGGCAGCAUCGCAAGCGAUUCCUCCAAUCCAUCAUCGAUACCCUAUGGUGAUUUAGAUGACCAUCCUUCCCAGUCAGGUCGAAACUAUGCAGGAGGUGGUGGUGGUACUACAGGUGGUACCAAAAUGACCGCCAAUAAGCGGGAUAAGGCAUUGGAGAGAAACCGACAAGCUGCUCUCAGAUGUAGACAAAGAAAAAAGGAAUGGCUCAAUCAACUUCAAUCCAAUGUUGACAUACUAACAAAGGAAAACCGGGCCCUUGAGCAACAAUCAUUGACGCUUCGAGAAGAGAUUUUAAACCUGAAAACUGUAUUGCUGGCGCAUAGAGAUUGCUCGCAUGCACAUUUAACUGCAAAUAGCAUAAACUUUGAUACUCUGCUCUAUCGACCUUCCAGCAAUCCGAACGCUGCUGGCGCAAGCACAUCUUCCAAUAGCACUGCACCCAUUUAA